AAUUAUAGUUUCAAAAGUCAGAGACAUGUUGUUUCAUACUAUUUUAUUAGGCUCCCUACUAUGUGGCUUGGCAGUGGCUGUGCCUAAAUGGUGCAACACUACCGAAAAGGCAUAUUUGGUGGAAGAGGAUCAAGCGUAUAACUGGUUCCAAGCGUUACACGAAUGUGGACGGCGUAACCUGCAGUUGGUGCAAAUAGAUUCGAAGGAAAUCAACGACAUCAUUGUAAAUGAAGUGAUAAGGCCAAAUACAGUUGACUACGGAGCUUUCUUUUGGCUAGGCGGGAAUGAUGAAUUCAACGUAACAAGCAGAGAAAGAGACUUCUAUUGGUCACCUUCUGGGAGAAAAAUGGAUUUCUCUAACUGGGCAGAGGGUCAACCUGACAAUGACGAAUACAAAGAACAUUGCGUGCAUGCACGUGGAAUAUGGGCUUAUUUUAGAUGGAAUGAUUAUGCAUGUGACAAUCGUCUCGGUUUUAUAUGCGAAGAACAUAGUUUGGCUGCCGUUGGCAAGUCAUAAAAUACAAUGUUUAAAAAUAACAAAAAAAAACCAAAUGGAUUCGAUACAUAAAAACAAACA